AUGAGUGCUAACGGGUCCCCUGCUGAUGCUCCGCAAUGGCCAGCAGCACGCCGGUUCAUGAGGCCCAGCCUCCGGCAGGCGACCUUGAUCCUACCAAAGACCGGCGAGCGCGUCAAACGAUCCAUUACGCUUCGAAGCCCACCACCAGACGAGCAUGGGGACGACCAGACACCGCUGCUAGGCCAACGGAGGUCCUCCAUCCCGCCAUCGGGGACAACUCAGAGCAUAUGGCGCCGUAGCAAAAAGGCAGUCUCGCAGGCCUAUGGCUUCGCUACCUCCAAGACAGGCCAAAGUAUACUGAAAUGCUCUCUGGCAUAUCUGAUCGGCAGCAUGGCAACCUUCGUGGUGCCCAUUGCACGCUUUCUCGGGAAGAAUGAUGGAAAGCAUAUGGUCGCGACCGUUACGGUUUACUUCCACCCGGCACGCUCAGCCGGGAGCAUGCAAGAGGCGACUCUCCUUGCGCUAGUAGCGUUCGCAUACGCCGCUUUUGUAUCUUUCACAAGCAUGGCAGUAUCUGGCUUCUUCGGCCAUCAAGGCUUGCUUGUGUUGGGCCAUGUGGUAGUGCUAAUCGUCUUCUGCGGCGGCGGCCUUGGCUUUGUGGGUUGGUUGAAGCAGAGAUUAGGUGACCCUUUGGUUAAUGUGGCAUGCUCCCUGACGUCGCUUGCAAUCAUCACUAUCUUGACGAAAGAAGGCUCAGUCCAAGCCGGUACUUUCUCCUACGAGAAGAUCUUUCAGGUGCUGAAAAUGGUAAUCAUGGGUGUAAUCGUAACAGCUGCCGUCAGUCUGGCUAUAAAGCCCGUUUCCGCUAGAAAAGAGCUUCGAGAGGAUCUUAGGAAGGCAACGGACUCGCUUAGCGAUAUGAUGUCCAUGAUUACGACCAGCUUCUUAUCCGGCGAGGAUGAGCUAAACGAUCCGUCAUUCGUAGCGGCUUCUACACGCUACAAGAGUUCUUUCACCUCACUGACUAAGGACCUGAAGGAAGCUAAGAACGAGCACUAUCUCCUGGGCACAGAGAAAGAGUACGAGAUCGAAGCAAGAUUGGUCAAAUGCAUGGAGAGACUUGCACAGAACAUUGGUGGCUUGAGAAGCGCUGCUUCCACGCAAUUUACACUUCUCAGAAGCUCAUAUGGGCCUGGCAAUAACAGUCUCGCAAGUUCGUUCCCCAGACUCGAUUCUCCGCAAUUCCCCGACUUUAGUAGUGUCCGCGAUAGAAUUCACUCCUUGUCCGCCAUCUACGAAGCCCCUGAAGAAUCGAGUGAUGCGGGAGGCGAUCAGACCCCAAAAAGAGCUUCGUCAACUGAUGCAAGUAGCAUUGCUACUGUCCUGUCGCCUGCGGACAUGUUCUCAACCUUCAUUUCACAUCUGGGGCCUCCAAUGAAAUCUUUGGCCUACACUCUCAAACAAAUGCUCGAGGAGCUUCCAUUUGGACCUGGCCCUCAGUACGCCAUCACGGUUGGUGGUCAAUUCCGCCAAAGUCUGGAGGAUGCUAUCAACCUGUUUAGCCGAGCUCGAAGAGAAGCUCUGGCUUUGGUUUACAGGACAAAGGUUAUCAAUAAACCCAGUUCACUUGACGUAGCAGCGGACUAUGAGGAGGUGGCUGCUAGUUGUGGGUACUUUAGUUCUUCUUUGCAGGACUUCGCAGAAGACAUGAUCGAGUAUCUUGACAUCGUAGAUGAGCUGAAGGAGGAACUCGAGCGCUCACCUCGUCGCAGAACAUGGAACUGGAUCCUGUUCUGGUGGAACCGUAGAGCGAGGACCAAGAACUCUACGGACCAGGAAAUGCCAGCGGCUGUCGAAAAUAUUGAACAAGGUCUCUCUCGAGAGAUUCCAUCUCCUCCGCGAGGACUCAACACUAUAGACCCAGAAAAACCACAGCAGCACUUGUCGUACACCUUCCGAAUCUGGCGAGCCUUGCGCUUCUUUCGCCGCGACGACAUCAAAUACGCCAUCAAGGUCGGCAUCGGCGCCAUCAUCUAUGCGAUGUGGUCGUUCAUACCGUCCACGCGGCCGUUCUACUCACACUGGCGCGGCGAGUGGGGCCUUCUGUCAUACAUGUUAGUCUGCUCCAUGACGAUCGGCGCCUCCAACACCACCGGCUUCCAGCGCUUCCUUGGCACUGGCAUUGGCGCGGUGUUCGGAAUCAUCGCCUGGAUCAUUGCCGAUGAGAACCCCUACAUCCUCGCCUUCCUGGGCUGGCUCGUCUCGCUCGGCUGCUUCUACAUCAUCAUCGGGAAAGGCAAGGGGCCGAUGGGCCGCUAUAUUAUGUUAACGUAUAACCUCUCGGCCCUAUACGCCUACAGCCUCUCCAUCAAAGACGAAGAAGAUGACGAGGACGAGGGCGGCAUCAGCCCUGAGAUAUGGGAGAUCGUACUCCACCGCGUUGUCGCCGUCCUCACGGGCUGCAUUUGGGGCCUCAUUGUCACACGCCUCAUUUGGCCCAUCAGUGCCCGCAGGAAACUCAAGGAUGGCAUCUGUGUCCUCUGGCUUCGUAUGGGUCUGAUCUGGAAGCGAGAUCCGCUCGCGCUGCUGCUUGAAGAUCAGGGUCAGGCCCGGGGAGGCAUGUCGUAUGUGGAUAUCCGAGAGUCGCUGGAGCUGCAGCGCUUCUUGACACAUCUCGAGACGCUGCGACAGAGUGCAAGGCAUGAGUUCGAGCUGAGGGGCCCGUUUCCAGAUGCAAUCAUGAAGAGGAUUCUGGAGGCAACGGGGAGGAUGCUGGAUGCGUUCCAUGCAAUGAACGUGAUCAUUGUGAAGGAUCUGAAGGCAAGCCCGGCCGAGGCGGAGAUUCUGAGGUACACGAAACAUGAGCGCAUGGAGUUGUCGUGGCGUAUAAGCCAUCUUUUCUCUGUUUUGGCGUCUUCCAUGAAACUGGAAUACCCAAUGAACGAUGCUUUGCCAAACAUCGAGCACACUCGAGAUCGUCUUCUGGCCAAGGUCUUCGACUUCCGGAAGAACGCGCCAAACAGAGAAGAUGCCACAGACGAGGACUACGAGCUUCUAUAUGCUUACGCGUUAGUCACAGGUCAGCUGGCACAGGACAUUGUGGCCGUAGGUCAAGACAUCGAGCAGCUGUAUGGAGUGCUGAACGAGGACAAUCUUAAGCUACAAUAA